AUGAACGAUUUACGAAGGAUAGAAAAAGAGAUCCAAGAAAAGCAACGUUUAGCUCCAUCAUUUUUUAAGAAUCCGUAUCGUCCGACAGCAAGGUUGUUAAAAUAGGUGAGAAGACAGGCAAACUUUAUAAAGACGACCAGUCAUUCGAAAUAUGAGGAAAUGAUAGACAAAGUGAUGCAGAGAAGUCCACGAUAAAGCAGGAUAAAAGAACCACCUACUCAAGAAUAAAUACUAGAUAACAUUAUCUAGGAGUUAAAAAAGGAAAUUGAAUAGAAAAAAGCAAAUUUAUCUCCGACAUUUUGUUUAAGGAGGAGGGAGCAUUUUGAUUAGCAUGAUAAGAUUUUGACCCUCAAAACUCUGAUCUCACAUAUCCAUAACGAACAAGCAAUUAGAAAUCGUCAACCUUAAUCUAAAUUCCCUUGUAUCUAGUUGGAAAGCAACUCGUGUGAUUCAGAUAGAGUGAUGUCAAUAAUCUCAGCAUGUUCUAAAUAAAACAAUUAGUUAGAGAAAAUGCAUAAAUUCGUGAAUUAAAAACAGAGAAACCAAAGAAAAAGAUUUGCCUCGUUGCAUGAUCAAAUAGGAUUACUAUAUUUAUUAGAGUGA